AUGUCUAUUUGUCAAAUUCCUAUUCCUGUUGAUGUUAAGGAUGAUGGCUGGUUGUGGACUUUCUCUAAAUCAGGGCUGUUUACAGUUAAAUCUGCAUAUCACGCUAUUAUUUCUCCAUAUCAGCAGGGUUCCUCAAGUCUAGACCCCUUUUGGGGUAAUAUUUGGAGACUCAUUUUAGUCCCUAAGAUUAAACUUUUUCUUUGGAGGUGUUGUUCUAAUGCUUUGGCUGUGAACCAGCUGUUGACUGUUUGGUUAGUAUCUCCUCUUCGACUUGACACUUCUGAAUUUCAUAGUGACAAUUUUAAGGAUUGGCUGAAUUUUCUAUUUGUAUCUGUUCCUGUUAAAUCGGAUUUUGAUAUUAUUUGGUCUUCUCUAUUGUGGCAGAUUUGGAAAACUUGGAAUAGAUUUGUGUUUGAUCACUUGGAUCCAAGCUUGUCUUCCACCCUUUCUGCCUUUGCUCAUACAGUUUCUGAGGGCCAGCUGUGCGUUUCCAACUCUUUGAUUUCCGCUAAUGGUGCGGUCGCUGCUCCUCGACCUCCGCCUGUUUCACCUCCAAAUGGUUUUACUAUGUUUGCUGAUGGAGCUUGGUGUGCUGCUACUUGGCGUGGAAGUAGAGGAGUUGUUUUUCGCGCUCAGUCUGGUUCUUUUGUGGCUGCCCGUUGUAGGUGUGGCCCAUGCUUCUCAGCAGCUACAGCUGAGGCAGAGGCGAUUCGUGAUGGCAUCCUUGCGGCGCUAUGUUUCGAUCUUUUUCUAAUAGUUGUUUUUUCAGACUGCCUUGCUGUUGUUAAUGCUUUGAAUGCUUUGCCUUGCUCUUUAGACUGGGCUGCUAGGUCUGCUGUGGAUGAUAUACUUUCUGUUUUGUUCUUCUAG